GCGUGCGCGUCAGAGAUCUAACAAACAACCCAAAUCUGUUUGAACCACGGUUUCAUUUUGUCAGGAGGUCACAGACAGACAUGCUGUACCUCAGUGAGCUGCAUCUCUCUGAAAUUAUGGGCUGCUGUUUCUGAGCCUGAAAAGAAAGGAACCUUCCCAAAUUCAAGGUGUACUGAAUUGGGGAAAAAAACAAUUUUUGAGUUCCUUGCUGCUGCAAACAAUACUUUAAUGUCAGGCUGCAACUAGUGAUUAUUUUUAUUAUCAAUUAAUCUGCUGACUAUUUUCUCGAUUAAGCAUUUGGACAAUAAAACAUCAGGAAACAGUGAAAAAUGCCUAGGCCACACAGUGAUGCCAUCAAAUCAAGUCUUGUUUUGUCCGACUAAAAGUUCAAAAUAAGAAAAGUAGUCAAUUCUCACAUUUGAAAACCUGGAAUCAUCAAAUGUUUGCCAUUUUUGUUUUAAAAUUGACUUUGAAUGAUUAAUCGAUUAUCAGAAUAUUUGCAGAUUAAUUUUCUUUAGAUCGAUUAAGCGACUAAUCGUUGCAGCUCUACUUUCAUGUAUCUCUUCGAUCAUUUAUUUUAUCUGUGUUCUUUUUGUUUCCUGGCCAAAAUAAGGUGCUCUGUCUGUGUUCAGGAUUGUUUUAAUUCUCCCCCAACGUCUCUAGGUCAUUAAGACCGUAAAGUUGGGGGAUUCACAAGAGACAGAUUAAAACAAAAAUGGUCAAAAUCGAAGCAGCGGGAGCCAAGAUAUCCUGACUAGUAUGGGUCAAAUUCCAAAAACACUGGAUCCUACAUUUCCCAUAGUGCAAUUGGAUGUCUUUCAUUAGACCUUUCCUGCCACUAAAUGCCCCCUCCUUUAAACCUCAUAUACCCAGUUUGUAACGCAGGCUUUCUGUUAAAAAAUCUAAGUCUCGAGCCCAGGUGGAGAGAGAACCCUGAUGACAUCAUCUGGGUUAUUUUAUUCAAACUGGAAAGCACUACUAAAGUACUCCUGAUCAUGGGUGAACUGAACUUCAUGUGUCAAAUCAGUGGAGUGUCCCCUUUUAAAGACCCACUUGAGCCUCGUUAUUAUGAUUCAUUAAAGUUUAAGUUUAGAUUUUAUGUUACACAAGACUGACUGACGGCAUGCCACCACUGUGUGAUAUGAAUGAUGACCAUGACAACACAACAUACAGUAUGCGUCAUGAAAUGGUAAAGGGAAGUUUAGGUUGUUUUCCACUUGAGUUUACAAAAGGCAAUGUUGUAUAAAUCCAUACUAAUGGAUUGAAAACACAUACUUGACAACAGAGACCAGUUGAGGUGCUAAAUUUCAGAAUUAAAGUCAGUUCAGAACCCAAACACAACUGUAGAAGGAAAAACACAAGAAAUCUUAACACAUCUGACAUCUUGCUUUCAUAUAAUCUGGUCAUCUUUUUACAAAACUGAUAUUUUAGCUUAUCUGUGUCUGCAAACCUAAUUGAUUUCAAGUUAUGAAGGAGAGAUUAAUAUUUGUUCGACUGAUUUAGAGGACUAAAGUGGGUUCCGUGCUUGAAUCACUCGCUGUGUGAAGAACAAAAAGAGGAACUAACUGUAUUUGGUAACAGUAAUGUAACUCACGGGGUUUACAUGCUUGGCUAUUAAUCUAAUUUAGACUACACCGGAGGCGUGUAAAUUGCAGAGCUGUAGUAUAAUUUUAAAGACAAAACAAAUCUGCAGCUGCUCAAAGGAUGACACACGGUGCACCAGCGCGCUUUUAGGCGUGAAGUCUUCGGUGGAUCUCGUGCCGCUGACAGCUCAAAAAAGCUCUUUGUUCGCGCAUUAGCUGAAAACUAAACCGGUUCAGCUGACCAGCUGGAGACCCGGCUUGGAAUAAAAUCGGGUAGAUUUUUGGGGAGAGAUGCUCAGACCAAGGUUGAACUGUGUUUUUGCUCAACGUCUGUUAGUGUAACUAUUUGCAUUAUGUAUUUGUAAAUAUGACAACGACAGAUCUCUAAUUGUGAAUAAAGGAAGUUUUAUCACAGGAGUCAAAUCAAUCAUGGAGCAGUCUGUGCCUGCUCAGAGGUCUCUAUCAGUCUGCAGGCGGGUAUGUUUCGCAGCGGGACAUUUUCUAAAUGACCUGUGCGCCUCUAUGUGGUUCACCUAUCUGCUGGUCUACCUGCACUCCGUGCUCGGCUUCCAGAGCACCUAUGCAGGUGUGAUGCUGCUGAUUGGUCAAAUAGCGGAUGGCGUCUGUACGCCUCUGGUUGGAUAUGAAUCCGACAGAACACCGGGCAUUUACGGCAAGAGAAAAACCUGGCAUCUGCUGGGAACUGUUUGUGUUCUUGUAUCUUUCCCCUUCAUUUUCAACCCCUGCCUGGCCUGUAACGACAACACUACUCAGUGGGCUCAGAUUGUUUACUUUUCCCCCUUCAUCAUCAUCUUCCAGUUCGGCUGGGCAGCCACUCAGAUCUCGCACCUCUCCCUCAUCCCGGAGCUGGUGUCCAGUGAGAGCGACAAGGUGGAGCUGACCGCAUACAGGUAUGCCUUCACUGUGGUGGCAAAUAUCACAGUGUACACUGUGGCCUGGCUGCUCUUUCACUUCCAGGCUCAGCACAAUGUGGACCCCUCCAUCACAGACGACCUGGGCCAGGUGGACAUCCCUCUGUUCAGGACGCUGGCCCUCAUUAUGCUGGGCACUGGAGCUUUAUUCUCUCUGUUAUUCCACGUCGGCACAAAAGAGAAUGCGUCAUCCUCGGGGACAGAGAAUCAGCUGAUCACACCUUCCCCCUCACAGGAAGCUUUGCCUCUUCCUGUAUUUCAGUGGAAGCACUGGCUGAAGGAGCCCUCCUUCUACCAGAUGGCUUUCCUGUACAUGUGCACGAGACUAAUAGUCAACUUAUCUCAGACCUACAUCUCAGUUUACCUCACCAACUCACUGAUGUUACCAAAGAACUUCAUUGCCAUCAUACCUCUUGUGAUGUAUAUCAGUGGCUUUGUUUGCUCUCUGGUCAUGAAACCAGUCAGCAAGCUCAUAGGAAUCAGUAUUACCUAUUUGAUCGGCCUGUUGUUGGUGCUUGGCUUCGCAACCUGGGUGUUUGUGGACAAGAACAUGGGAGCUGAGAGCAUCUAUGGAGCAGCCGUGCUGCUGGGAGCUGGUUCUGCUACAAUCCUGGUCAUGUCUUUGUCCAUGACAGCCACACUCAUCGGGGAGCAGACGCAAAGCGGGGCCUUUGUUUAUGGAUCGAUGAGCUUCACAGACAAGGUAGCAAAUGGCAUGGGGGUCAUCCUCAUCCAGAGCUCGCGACCAUGCAGCACAGACGCCUGCUGCCAGGACUGUGUUUGGUUUUAUCGUGACGUCAUGGCGACAGUAACCGGGGGCGUGGCCGUUCCUGCAGCACUUUGCCUAUUCACAAUUCUAAUCUGGCCAAUCAGGAUACGGAAAAGUUAGGGUUCAAAAUCUACACCACACUCAUUGGUGGUCAUUGUCUCAUACCUGUGCACACACACACACACACACACACACACACACAGAGAAAACAUGUCAUGUCAGAGAUUUAAUAACCUACAGUUUUAGGUUAGAGGCAGUUGUGUUUUGGAUUUCUCUUUAGAUUUUGCUUUUUUCUGUUUAAACCAACUGUUAGUAUCUCAGCUGGAUACAGAGCAUACCUGUAUAUAAGCUCCUCAAGGAUCAUGCCAUGCUCAUUAAUCUUUAAAAAAUAUUUGGACAUAAUUUACUUUUGUUUUUUUUCUAAAUAUUUUGUAAUUUUUAAUUUCGGAAAGCAAAGCCUUGCUUGUUGGACAUGGUGCAGAGGACAAAGCCAUGCUACCACCUAGUGUGUGAAUUUGUAACUACACUGCUUUCCUGGAAUUAUAUGAAAGCAUUUGCUCCACAUCACAGGUGAAGUUUGUGACCAGAAAAAGAUCUUUAAAUGGAUUCAGAUGUCUAGAAGAAAUGUAGGAAUUGAAAUCACAAUAUCACAGACUCAUAAAUACAAAAUAUAAUAUUUCAUAUAGAUAUCUAAAAGUUCUAAGUCAAGGGCAACUGGACUGGCUUUAGAAGUUGCCCUUCUAGAUAUGACCUGGAUAACUCAGAAUCUCUCUAAUAUAAUGUGAUCCGACCUCUGCCUUGACUUUCUACUGUGAAUGAAGCCAAAUGUCUUCGCUGACCUGGCAGCGAUUGUGGUGCUGUUGCCAAGGAACUGAACUGGGUGAACUUGACUCCUCGUUUGUGUGUGUGUGUGUGUGUGUGUGUGUGUGUGUGUGUGUGUGUGAGUGAGUGUAAGCAUUAGAGGUAAUACCUUCCUGACCAUUAUUAUUUGUACCACUUGCUUUGAUCAUAUGUAGGAGAAAAAAUAACCAAACACUGUUUUUUUGGGAAAGUAAAUCUGAAAAUGAAAAUAGACGCUUGCUGUAUCUUCUGACUGAAUCAUUAUUAAAUGAUUUUAUACACUGCA